CGAGAACGCGCGGCGGGGCGGCCUGGGACUGUUGGCGAGACGCGCGCGAGCCGACCGGCCAUCCGGCGGUGCGAGGGCUCCGGGUGGCGGGCCGGGUGGACACCUGCGGUCCCCGGGGAGCGGGCCUAUGCCGGGGUUUCUCUGAGAAGAUUUCACAGUGGUCUUAAAUGACAAGGUCCUCUGAAAGAAGUGAUUCACGACGUCAGAAUGGAACACUGGCCCCUUCCCCUCUUCUUGUGAUCAAGCCACUGGCCGACAUUUAUGUGGGGAUGCCAGUAAACCACCAGAAAUCAGACUCUUCAGAGAUGGACUCUGAUUUGUCACCCAGCUGCAGGCUCAGUGACCUGAGCAGAGGGGGCAGCUUGGAGAGUCGAAGUAGCAGUUCUCGCUCCAGAAGUCUCACUUUGGAUGAUGAGAGCCUGAAGUACCUCACACAUGAGGAAAAGGAUGUCAUCCUGUUUUUUGAAGAGACUAUUGAUUCCCUGGAGGACGACUUUGAGGAGCAAGUCCUGUGUGACAGUGGGGUACACUGCCAGCCCUCAAAGUCUCUGGAAGGGAGCACUCCCGGCCACUUGGAACCAGAAGAUGUCAUUGACUUAGUGCAGCCAGUGUGUGCAGCCGGGGAAGCCGAGCGCCCCCCGGAUGUGACUGAAGCAGCAGGGGCUGGACCUGCUGGAAAGGAAGACAUUCCUGUCCUGGAAUGCGGGGCACAGGAUGUGGAGGCUUCUCCCGGGCCAGGGUGCACCGUUCCAGAGGUCCUUCCUCGGCCACCCUCCCUGCCUGUCCCCACAGCGCCGGCCCACCCCAGGAAAGAGCAGCUCUCUUCUUCUCCUCCUGCAGAGCACCCCAAACUGCCCCGUUCAGUUCCUACUCCGCUUGUUAUCGCCCAGAAGAUUUCUGAGAAGUUGGCAGGAAAUGAAGCCCUUUCACCCACCUCCCCCUCCAAGGAGGGCAGGCCUGGGGAAUGGAGGACACUGACUUUCGUGGCCCCUCGAAAUGGAGACCACUUGUUGUGGCACAGACAUACGGCACAGCCUGCGCCCAAGAUCCACCGCUUCCCGAGCAACAUCAGUGUGACCAACAGCGCCGGGAAGGAGUUCAACAAGACCAUCUCCAAGGCCGCGGUCAACGUGCAGGAGCGGAAAGCCCGGGUCCUGGCCAACAUUAACGGAGUCUCUUUCUUCUCCACGGGAGACACAGAAGAUCGGGCCCAAAAGGGUGAGCUCACUGAGCGGAGGAGAAGCGUCUCUCCAGAGCAGGGGACGUGUGGCCAGAGCAAGCCAGGCCCCGUCCAGGAAGCUGUGUCCACGCAGGCAGGAGGGCAGACCAGCAGUCAGCGGUCCAGAGGCGUGCAGACAGAGCAGACCCCACCCCUGGAGAAUGGCUUCCAGAACAUCCACGAUGUCCUAAAGAGCGAGCCCGGUCCCUUUUUCUCUACUGGGAAAACGGUCACUUUCCGUCCGGACCCGGCUCUCACCAAUAAGCUUGCACGCCAGAACGCCAGCAAGAGCUUGUAUGAGCACCGGCAGCCGGACUGCAGCCAGGAUGCUAGGAAGCGAUCAGGUUCGCUGCCCAGGGCCGUGGGGCUCAGACCCCAAGGCGUCACCGUCCAGUUUGCCGGCCGAGGCUCCACCGAGGAAGCCCGCCGGGAGGCCCUGCGGAAGCUCGGCCUGCUGAAAGAGAGCCUGUGACGGCGCGCCAGGGGCUGGAGGGCGCGCACGGCCAGGUUCGUUCGGCCUAAGAUGACUGACUGUGCGCCGUGAAGAGCAAUCACAACAGCCCAGCAGCUGUGCCCUGCUGCGGACGAGCGAUGGCGGGCACCAGGACUCAGCAGUCCGGGCUGGGUGCCUGCCCCUCCCAUUCCACCUUUGGGCUGGGAUUUCCUUCUGUAAACAAGGGUCAGCACCAGAGCUUCUUUUUUCUAAGAACUCAGAUAAUAACCUUGAAGAGCUAUAGGUUUCUAUGAUUUGUAACUGCCAUCUAUUUUGUAGAUUCAGGAGAAGGGGGAUUGGGUCCAAUUUGCUUUUCUUGAGUCUCUAACCUAACCUUUGAUCCCAAGCAAAUGGACAUGAAGGCCAGUUUAGAUCUCUUAUACUCAAUUCUCUAAGCUAGGGACUUCCUCUCCUUUUUCUAAGAAAAUAUUAAAACUGAGUGUUAAAUUUUCAUAGUGUCUUACAAUACAUUUUUGGUUUUUUUCUUUUUGAAGGGUAUAGGGUAAUAUGUUAGCCCUAAAUAUGCUUUUGUUUCUUGAUAUAAUUUGGUUUGCCUAGUUUUUUAUUGAAAAUUGAAAUGAAACCUUUAGAGUCUGGUGUACUAUAAGUUUGAGUUAUGGGAGUGGAAUAGAAAGGUUGAGUGUGGAAAAGGUGGUAAUUUCAAGAAAGCAAGUCUCAUCACACUGAAGGGUCUGUGUGGUUGGGGGAUAGGUGUAUGAGCGUCUAUUGUGUAUAUACAUGUAUAAAAUAUGUUUAUAGAAACAUGUUAACAUAUACAUAGAUAGGAAUUGUGUUGGCACAUAUACAUUUAUCAUUACUUAUAUAUAAACUUCUUAAAACCCGAUACUCUUGAUAGACACUCAGCGUUGGGAUGGGUGCCAUAGGAAUUGUGACUUCCUCACAGGGAAGCCUUUAAGGACACAUCUCCAGGAUACUUCGCUGAACCCAAGUGCUUUUUCCUCCGCAAUGUGUGUCCUGUUCCCAAUUAAAGUAAUUUUCCGAGUAAGGUUGCAGGUAAGCAAGAUAGUUUUUAAAAACUUUUUAAUGAAGAACAUUUUCAAAGAUUUAAUUUAUCACCUGAUUUUAACCUAAUUUUAAUUUAUGACUUAAUUUUAGUUCUGCAUGUUCCAAGGUAGCUAGUAAACAGGAGGAAACAAACGACUCUUCAGAUCCCCUGUGUUCUGUGGGCAAGGUCUCAGGAUUAAUUUAAAAGGGAAAAGACGGCGAACUAGAUGACAGCAAUGAAAAGAGCUGGUUUACUCUCAAACUGUCUUACACGCUGAGUUCUAACCACAACCAUUAUUAUCAAACUAUUCAAGGCUGGCGUCUUUAACCUCUAAAAAUAGACUGGGAAGGGCCACACUUAGAUAUCACGCCCUUUUGUUGUUAUGGCUCAGCCACUGUCACAGAAUCUGUUUCUUUCCUGGUGAGUAUUAUUUAAAUUCAAAUGUGAUGUGAAAGACAUUUUUUUCAUAGUGUUCGAUUUGCCUUGUAAGUUACAGAAAAUGAUUGUAAUUUUUUUUUUCCUUAGAAUUACAGUAUUUAGUAUCUCAGCCAGUUUCUUGAUGGUCUUAAUUUAAAUAGGUAUUAAAGUAGUUUUUAUUUUACUCGUUUAUAUUGGAUAUGGUUAAAGGAUUAUUGAAGGCUAUAUUAUCUUCUUACUAAGUGAGAUGCCAUACACAGUGUUUAAAAUAGAGAGUCUUGAUAUGGCUGAUUUAUUUUUAUCUUAUUCUAUGAUGUCAUUUGAUUAAGGUGAACUUGACUAUAUGUAGUAUAUUUGUUUUCAUAAUGAUAAUUUUGAAAAAUAAAUUUAGGUUUAUCUUAUAUACAAACAA